AUAAACAAUAAACAUAAUGCAAACGGCAUGAAAGAUUAUUGGAUUGGUGUUCUUAACGAAUAUGAAAAGGAAAACUUAGAUAAAUCGACUAUGACCGAAAACAAUAAAAGGAAAAAGCAAAAAAGAGGCAGUAAAACCGAGUUGGAAUUUUUAUCAAAAAUACCACCACCAAUUUAUUAUCCAAAUUUAGAUAAAGGCACCACUACCACCAUAUCACCAAUCUCACGAACACCAUCAUCUGUUAAACUAUGGAGUUCAUUUCUCAAUAGUGUAAAAUCUCAUCAAUUUGACUCCAACGCCAAGCAAUAUGCAAGUCCACGUUUUAAAGAUUAUAAUCAGAUUUACAAUAUAUCAAACGAAGAAGAUGUAAGAGGAGCAUUAAAAAACAAUAUUCUUGAUAACCUCCAUAUUCUUACAACUUCUCGAAAUCCGGUAGAAGUUUUUAAAAGAAUCGCCAAAGAAGAUAAUAUUAUAGGCGAACCAGAUUUUAUUUAUAAACAGGCUAACAAAUUGUUGCUUAUAGUUGAAGUAAAAACCCUAUGGGUUUUAUAUUUAGAUAAUGAAGAACAACUGCACACCAAAUUUAACGAAGUUUUAGAAAAACGAAAGAACAAUUCAAGAUAUCCAAACUCAGGCAGUAAUAUUUCUGUUGUGGAAAUUUUGCGCCAGAUUUUUGGAUAUUUGGUUACUAAUCGAUUACAAUACAGAAUCUUAACAACAUAUAACCAACAUUGGUUUUUAAAAAGGCCUAAAAAUGAGUCAGAUACUCUUUAUGUUUCUCCGACUAUAAAAAUUGCUGAUAGUUCUGAUGACGAUGCCUCAGGAUCUGAUUAUGAAACAACUUUGAGAGCACCUAAACGAACGAAUAUCGAUGAAUUUAUUGGAAUUGGUAAAGAAUUUGAACAGUGUUUAAAAUCCAUUAAUUCUGGAACUUUGAAGAGCAAAGAAAAGCAUUCAAACAUUAUAAGUUCUGCCACAAGUCGAAUAAACAUUCGAAAUACAGAAAUAAAGUGUGGAACUGGCAGAGUAUAA